AUGAGUGGGGAUCUUCUCUGGGAUCGUAAAUGCCGGCGCGCCUUGAUUGGAAGUAAUAACAUUGCUACACAUGAAAGCCGCAGCAUCUAUGUAAGACGGGAAGCGAUUGGCAUCAUCAACGGAGAGAAGUGA